AUGGCGAACUCAAUACCUGACGGGUCGUGGCCAGAACUGGUAGAAAUGGCACGCAAGCAUCAAACAAGCAUGCCCAAAGGACAGGCUGAAUUACUGGCUCUCAAGGCCCAAAUCAAGUGCCACGAAGCACAGCCGACAUCUACGGUCUCAGAGAUCAAGCUCAUAUAUGCGCGCGUGCUGAAGAAUGAAGCUGAACUUUUGGCUCUCAAAGUCAGGAUCAACGCCUACAGAGCCCGAGUCGUCCAUGUGGCUUCGGUGAUCCCGCGUGGAGUAUCGCAUGACACCAGACACCCACAUCAGUGCAUUGAGCAACAGUCAAGUUGCCCAAAACUGGUAAGCAAAGACAAGGCCGCGAAAUAA